CCGCCCACAUCUCUCCUGUAUUUUUAGCUGAGCCAGCCACUUCAUUUUGCUGGAUAAGACAGACAGCUGUGUGCAACCGUGUAUGAUCUCACUUAAUCGUUUUUAAUAAAUCAAAUCUUUUUUUUUACUGCGUAUUUGCCUGUGUGGGGCCUCUACAACAACAGCCAGCUGUUUCACCUGGAUGGAUAUGUCGUGCAGGGUAUAGACAUUUGUCUCGGAUGCUGAGACGCGCUGCUGUGGAUGCUUCAUGUCCAUUUAUUGAAACGCAAUGCUGCACUGGAUACAGAGGAUUACAGGCGCACAGCUUUUUCAGAUCAAAAUGCAUCACAAGAGAUCCGUUUAGCUUAAAAAAAAAACACUCCUGUUGUGUUUCCAAGGUGGUCCUGCAUCUCUCUCCUCUCUUCCUGUCUUCUCUUGUAUUGUGGAUAACAAGAAGGCUUCAAGACGGAGGGGGUGGUGGAGCAUCGAGGGAAAAAGAACAGGAGCAACAUGAGAGAGAGGGACUUCAUGCCCAACAUGGAGAGGGGCAAACCUGCGACUUAUACGGGGGAUAAAAAGGCUAAGAUGGCUGCUAAGACUAACAAGAAGUGGGUGAGACUAGCCACUGUUUUUGCCUAUGUUUUGUCCGUGUCUUUAGCAGCCAUUAUCCUGGCAAUUUACUACAGUCUGAUCUGGAAACCGACCAGCUCAUCAUCUGCUGGGGGGAAACCUGGAGUCACCCCCACCUCCACCUCCACCUCCACAGCAAACAUCUCAACUAAUGUCUCCACAAGCAACAAUGUCACAGAGUGGAACUCCACACAGACUGGACUGCUGUCUCUCAACAACACCAGGUCUGCGUACAGUAAGGCGUCUUUCCAGUGGGACGACAGAGACACAGCUGAGAGUGUGGCUGUGUCUGGAGCAGCAGGAGCAGAAACUGCGCACUCGCAGCAGGAGCAAGGACUCUACGCAUCUUCUUCUUCUUCUUCUUCUUCUUCUCACGGUCACACAAGCAAGGAGAGGUCGGACACUUUGGGGAGACAGACGUCUACAUCAGACCACCACAUCCCGUCGAGCACCAGGGAGGGAGAGGAUGAAGAGGAUGAGAAGGAGAGACUGGAUGCUGCCACUGGUCCACCAACAUCCACGACGAGCCUAGCCGGCCUGAGAGGCGACUGAUCCGGCCUCAUCAUCACCACCACACACCCUCCUCACUAUGACCCCUACAUGGAGUGUUUUAUAGAAUCGGAUAACACAUGUUUUCACCUUGGCAGAGCCUCUUAUGGAUGCUUAACUUGCACAUAUUAACUGCUCUGAAAAAGAGGAGACCUCUGCAGAGAGCACUGUUUUUGUUUCCCCUCCAACUCCAACACUAACUAUGUUUUUUUUUUGUUUUUUUUUAGGCCAUCUGUAUGCCUUAAAAUCAAUGUGUGUCUACCUUUACCUCGGACACUAACCUGCCUGUGCGCCCGGACAACACUGGUAUAUAUAUAUUUUGUUAAUUAAUAGGACACAGGCUCCAGAGAUGCGUUUGGUUUUGCAGGAUAUUAAAUAUUUGACAUCACUGCCAUUCAUCAUUUGCUCUAAAAUCAAUACUGCAUUUUUUUUUUUUUUUUUGCAUUUUAACUUAUAUAGGCUCUAUUUUGUUUUUUUAAAUGGAUCAAACCUGGAUUCCUAGUAGAAGAAACCUGCAUUAUUGAGUUAUGCUCAGGUAUGUGCAUAUAACCAUGUAAAUGUAUUGUGUAUUUGGUUAUGUACAUAUAUAGGGGCAGGCAUACAUCUUUUGGGCCUUUAUAGCGUAAUUAGAUGAUUUUUAUUAUACAGUAUGUAUAAUAGGUAUAACUAUAUUACAAGGUACAAAUAAACAUCCUUAGAAAAUGAUUCAUUUUUUAUGCUUUAUAAUAGAUCUAUAUGUAAAUCAUGAAUUGAUCGCUGACAUUAUCCUGUAUGUUGAUAUUUUAUUUAUUCAGAGCCAGAAUGGAUAAUAUAUAUUCAAAUAAAUGUUAGGGUUUUUUUUCCUAACAUCUUACAUUUUAUUUAAAAAAAAAUGAAUGGAUUUAAAUGAGCUGUUGUUCACUUUGGGGCUGUUUGUUAAGGAUAAUGUGCUAAAACCCACAUGUAUUGAUUGAUAUGAAGAGGUAGGUUCAACAGAAAUAAUAACAUGAGUGCGAGAAAGAGCACUCAGUUUAUGGUUAUUCAUGUGAGCUGGACAUUUAAUCAAAUCAUGGUGGAGGCACUUAAAUUACCUGAGUGAAGUGUCCAGUGUGUGAUCACAGGGAUUUGUCUGCUCCUCGUGGAAAGAGAAGCUUUCACCUCCCAGUCUGCCACAGAUGAGUCGCUGCAUCUCUCACUGAAACCACUUCACACAGUCACAUGUGGUGGACUGUGAAGUGGAAAUAAGACCAACCACAACGUGCGCCCUCUCAGCAGCAUGUGAGGGAGGUGUAUCGAUUUGAGAGCUCUGUUGUUGAGCUGUAGAAAAACAGAAGAAGAACACAUUACACAAUACCACUAGGUGCUAUUUUUGAUCCAACUCUCUCUGAAAAAAGGACUGUUGAGUUUCUAUGCUGGUGGUGACAAGCAUCAUUCACUAUCAAGCUGAAAAUAAAACCACUAGAUAUUCCGCUGAGCAGCCAGCGCCUCAGAAAUGUUCACUCACUGUGAUUGUAAACAGUGAUGACAUGCACUGUUGUGUUAAUAUGACAGAUUUUCAGAACCAAAGCCAAGGUAUGUGUCUGGUGAGCUAAACAGGAAGUCCAUUCAUCGGGGAAGACGGCACAAGACACAGACAUCCCCCAUCAUCACAACAUACACCAAGUGUAGCGGAAAAAUGUAAUACAGAGUGUGCAUAACACAGUGGCAGGCCUGUCGAUGCUGCAGUGGCCUCUGUAUAUCGGACGGCCUUGACAGAUGUGUUUCCAGUGCCUCUUAUGGCUUCUUGGGAUAUAUGAGAAGACUAAAGACCGACCUAUUGAUGUAGGAGUUGAUCAGUAACAACAGUUAUGGCUGGAUGCCACGGCUGAGUUAGGACACAGCAUCUGACCUUAUGAACCCGAUCACCCAGGCAGAUGAUUACAUUAUCCAAUGUGAAAUCAGUUAUUUGUUACCGAUGGGGUUCGGUAUGGGAUUUGUUUUGUGGUCCAAGUCAGGCAAUGCAUCACAUGGUUUCAGUAAACAGGAAAGACAAACGACACAUAACAUUUAUCAAAUCAUAAAAAAAAUAUAUAAAGCUGCUUACCCUGCCCUUUUUUAUAAUACAAUUGUUUCUCAACGGUGGCAGUUUCAGCUGUACUUGUCAAGGAAGGUUAAACAAUUGCAUCAUCCACCAGACAAGUGAGACAAUGUAAGACACACUAUAAGAAAAUGCCAUAUUACAAAUAUAAAAAAUUAUCUAAUUUGUGUCUGAUACACUUUUUUUUCCAAAAAUAGGUUCUGGUUAAAAAGUCUUUAAAUUACUUCCAGUCCUUUAUCCAAUAUUUUUCGUUUCAAAUAUUUCAAAAGCUUCACUUGUCAAGUGUAUGUGGGCUGGAGGCUUCAAGUGUCGACAUCACACUGGUGCAAGUUUCAUAUUGGACCACGACUGGCUUCCAAACUGGUUGUGAUGUCACAAAAUUGUACACGUCUUCAACUCAGAGUUAAAGGUGCUAAAUACGAGAUUGGGAGCCUUCCUUUUGCAUCCACGCAGCUCUCAACACUGCCAACAGAGCUAACAGUGUUUACCUGGGGAGGGAACCAGAGGGUGGGUGCCACGCUUCUGCGACGGCACAAAUAUGAUCAUCAUUCUGCACAGUGAAGCUCAAACAUUCAAGUAGCAAAAUGAACAAAACAUUUUUGAGUGUACGGGGGGCGGGGGGGGUCUUUAAAGUUCUUCUUUUCAGAAACUACCUUCUUCAUCAAAUUUGACAUGUUUUGGGGUGACACACUACAACUAAGAAACCUUUCCAACCAAGUCUGAGGAAUUAAACGCCUUACAAUAUAGCAUUGUUUGAACAAGACACCAUCACAAAAGUUAUGAAAUAUUAACACGAUGUCUUGCGAUACAGGAGAACACUAUGAAGGGAGCGAACAAUAGCUUUUUCAAUUAAUGAAAGGGCACAAGUGUGGAGUGAUGCAUAAUAAAGCAAAAGUAAAUCUGUGUGUACAGGUAGGCACUGCAUGGUUCUCUUUCAGUUGUUUCAAGACUUUCUGAAAAAUAUAUGGCAUUCAUUUUCCAAUCCCUGCUAGAUUGCGGCAGGUUGACAUAACUGUAUUUCUAUGAU